AUGCCACAAGACAACACCCAAACUUUGCAACCAAAGAUCCCAAAGAUCAAGAUCUCAGGCUCCUCUGAGAACAUCUCUCAGAACAACGCUUCCCAAAAGCAUACAUCUCAAAAUACCACACACACAGCGCAAAAUUCCCAGAUUGUUGAAGCUCAGAAGAUCACACAAACGCUCUUCACGCAUAUAGCACCCGUGGACACAACUCUCACAGUUGAGGAAAGGGAUGCUUGGCGACGAGCAUCCCGGAAGCAGAUUGCCGAUUUCGAGGCGAAAAUCAGGGAAUCCUUGAAGAAGAAGAGACCAAGUUUGCUGGGGAGGUUGUCUUCGAGUUGGAGGGGAAGUGAAUGA